AUGUACAACACGGUCAGGCGGGCUCAGCAGGCUGUCUGUCUCCCGCUGCUGGCCGGCUUGAAUCCUCUGGGUUGCCUGGAGCCGCGGGGGCCGGUGGAUGAGGAGGAUCCGCGCGAGUAUGGCUACGGUGGCUAUCACCCUGUCAACAUAGGAGAUGUUUUCAGCAAGAGGUACAAAGUGAUGUCCAAACUUGGCUGGGGAUACUUCUCUACAGUCUGGCUCUGCGUCGACCUGAGGUCAGGUCGACGUGUUGCAGUGAAGGUCCUGAAGAGUGGAGAGGGCUUCACUCAGGCCGGCCAGGAUGAACUGACACUAUUACGCUGCGCCAGUGGUCCGACAGCUCGCCACCCUCUGAGUGGACACAUCGUUCGGCUACUGGACGAGUUCAAAGUCGCAGGGAAGAAUGGAGUCCACAUCUGUCUGGUUCUGGAGCUGCUGGGUCCCGACCUGCGAUGUUGGCAGGUGUGUAUGGGGAGCCCUGGUCUCUCCAUACCGUGUGUCAAACGCGUCAUCACGCAGGUUCUUGAGGGCUUGGAUUACCUGCAUAACCACUGUAAAAUCAUCCACACCGACAUCAAACCGGAGAACAUCCUGCUGUGUCUUGAAUCGCAGUCCCAGGGCCGAACAGCAGGGGGCGCACCACACAAGUUCCUCGGAUACGUCGCUCCAGUGGAAAGCCCAGAUGAAGGCACGUUCAACUUGGACAAAAUCACAGUGAAGAUUGCUGAUCUAGGCAGCUCGUGCUGGGUGUACAAGCACUUCUGUGAUGAGAUCCAAACCCGACAGUACCGCUCCCUAGAGGUUCUGCUGGGCUGUGAUUACGGACCGCCAGCUGACAUCUGGAGUGUAGCCUGCAUGGCGUUUGAGCUCCUGACUGGUGACUCCCUAUUUGAACCUCUGAAAGGAAAGAGUUACACUCUGGAGGAAGAUCAUAUUGCCCACAUCAUAGAGCUGCUGGGGGUGAUCCCUCCUGCCAUCGCACUGUCUGGAAAAUACUCCCAUGAGUACUUCGACCGCAAAGGUGAGCUGCGCCACAUUCCUGUGCUGCGCCCGUGGAGUCUGUUUGAGGUGCUGGUUGAGAAGUACCACUACCCCCUCCGGGAGGCCUCCGUCUUCUCUGACUUCCUGCGCGACAUGCUGGACUUCCUGCCAGAGAGGCGCUCCACGGCGGCCCAGUGCCUCAAACACCCCUGGCUCCUCGGCUGCUGACACGGCCUGGGUCGUCUGCCUCCAGACCAGACUAGGACUGUGUUCUUUCAAGAUGAACUGCUUCGUUGGAAUUAACUACCAGUAGCCUGUUAGCCAUUUCAAAUGGAAAUGAAAACGGUUCCCCACCCCUGACCUGUGACCCCAAAACUAACUCUCAGGGCCUCUGCAUAUCGGUUCCGACAGCGCUGCGGAGCACUUUCGCUUCUGACAAUUUCGAUUACCCCCGCACACAAUUUCACGACAGCAGAGCAUGGAUUAUCAGUGGUGGGUGGCUCCGACAAAAUAGAACUAAUCACCAGCCGUCCAACAUCCGUGGACAUGGGCGCUGGUGUGCUGGUGGGGUUGUAUUGAAAACAAUGGAAUCGAACUUUGGCAGAGCGGUGCUCUGCACUUUGUCGGAGCCGAUGUGCGGAGGCCCUAAUACUUGCCCCGGGAGCAGGGGUUUCGAAGUAGGAGGUAAGUGGGUGUGAGUCACCAGGGCCUCAUGUAUCGGAGGUUUUUUUCACAUAUUAAUAUCAUAUACUGGGAGGGGGAGGGGGAGGGGGUGUCCAUUGGAACUCAGUCCAUACGCCCAUAGUGAUAUGUAUCUCAGAUCGAUUGGCAGGUCAUAUCGCCUUGGCACCGAACUGAUCACACUGGCGAGGUGUCCAUUAGAACUGAGUCUUUAGGGCCUAUAGAAGCAAUAUAUCUCAGGUCAACGGGCAGGACAUAUCGCCUGGACACCGGACUGGACCUUAUCUCUCGCAGUGCUGCCUAUUGUACCGACCCCAAUCUCCCUGACCCGACCCGAGCCCACCCUGACCCAACCCGAGCCCACCCUGACCCGACCCGAGCCCACCC